CGGCUUGUCUGCGUGCUGUUUACAGGGAUAUUUUAGAACCGGGAGAGCUCACAUAUUUACUGCCAGAGGUUGAACAACCUUGCCAUUUGGCAUAGAGGAGCAAAGCAGACAGGAGGACAGAGAAGCAGUGUAGCUUUAGACACAGGCUACACCGAUAGGAGGACGCUCUGAAAGAGAGAGGGAAGACACAGACUCUUCUGGAGGUGGAGCUGCUGUCCCGGGGCUGGUCCCUGUGCUACAGCGGCUCUCUCUCUGUGUGUUUGUGUUGGUUGCCGUGCCGUGAUGAUGUCUCAAGGAGAGGCUGUGGGCUGGAGAGAACUUCGAAGACUUUGCAGAGGUUUCUGGUACCCCCGCGGGGCGCAGGCUGCCUGCUGGAGAGGGGGAUUCAUCUGAAGACCACAAACCCACACAAACACUCGCUGGUUGAGUGUUCGAUUUAUCGGACGGGUGAAGGAAGAACUCUAUUAUUUUUGUACUUUGCCAGACCACUGCAAAAGGACCACCAAGAUGAGUCGAUGGCUCAAAUGCACCUCCAUGUACUUUAACACCGACUGGAAUAAGUACGAUGACCGGCUGAUGAAGGCAGUGGAGAGGAGGGAGGUGGACAAAGUUGCAGCGGUGCUUGGCAAGAAGGGCAUCAUCCCCACUAAACUUGAUGUUGAGGGCCGCUCAGCGUUUCAUCUUGCUGCUUCCAGAGGACAUCUUGACUGUCUGAAUCUCAUUCUCAAUCAUGGUGUGGAUGUCACUGCCACUGAUGCCACAGGAAAAAAUGCCUUGCACCUGGCAGCCAGAAAUGGGCAGUCAUUGUGCGUUCAAAAACUACUGCAGCACAAUUGCCCAGUGGGAAACGUGGACCUGCAGGGAAGAACAGCUCUACAUGAUGCUGUUAUGGCCGGCUGCUCCUCUAGUGUGAAGCUGCUCUGUGACAGUGGCGCAUCAGUUAAUGCCAGCGACUUUGACGGUCGGACCCCAUUGGUGCUCGCCACACAAAUGUGUCAUCCACACAUCUGUCAGCUGCUGUUAGAGCGGGGAAGUGACAUCACAGUCAGAGACAAACAGAAUAAAACCGCAUUGAUUCUUGGCUGUGAGUACGCCUGUAAGGAUGCCGUGGAUGUUUUGUUAAAACAUGGAGCUGAUGUCACUGCUGUGGAUGGAUUCAGCCAUGACAGUUAUCACUACGCACGACUUCAGCAAAACCAGGAACUGGUCUCUCUUGUCAAGAGUUACCUGGACAGUGCCGCCAAGGCAAAAGAGGCUGCCAAGAUGGAACAGAAAAAGAGACAGUCUGUUGAGAUGGUGUCUGAAACCCCUAACCGUGAGAAGAUCAUACAGGACCUGGAGAAAAAGAACGAGAGCCAGCAGGAGACUCUAAAGAAGUUCCACCAGGAACAGAGAACUCUGCUUGAUAAAGUUAACAUGCUUCAGCAGCAACUCAGCCAGGAGAAGUCAACAGUGGAGGACAUACACAAGGAGGUAAUUCAUCUGAAGCGUUUACUUUCUGCCAAAGAGAAAGAGGAGGGAGCCAGGGCCAUUGAGACUGUGAGAGUCCAGCAACGGAGCCAUUUGGAAGAUUACCCUGGCCAGUCUGUGAUCAAAGGAAAAGACAAUGUGCUAGUUCGACAGUCACACAGCUUUGACUCUGCACAGAUCUUGCAGCCUGUAGGAGCAUCUCGAUCUUUGACGCGUCCUUUGGAGCUUUCUCGGCCCGUGCCUAGUGAUUCUGAAACUCUUCGCCAAGAGCUUGAAUGUGUCCGCAGGCAGCAAGAGGCUGCACAAGAGGAGGUGGUUCACCUCCAAAAGGCUCUUGCAAACAAGUCUCAAGACUGUGAGGAGGUGACCAGGAAGUGUGAGACGAUAAAGUGUGAGUCGGAUCAGCAGAUACAAGAGUUGGAAGAAGCCAUGGGAGAUGUGCAGAAGCGAAUGAUAGAGUCAGAGUCAAAGGUGAAACAGCUUCAGGCUCAUGUGGUGGCGGUAAAGGAGCAUCUCAAUAACCAAGUUGUCGAUGACCUUAAAGCACAGCUGAAUGAGGUGAAGGCGAAGUAUGAAGGAGCUUCUGCUGAGGUUGGACGGGUCAGGAACCAUUUGAAGCAGAGUGAGAAAGCGUUGGAGGAGUAUAAGAAAAGUGAAGGGCUUCUGGCUGUGGAGGUUGAGAGGCUCACUGCAGAGCUGAGUGCGAUGCAAGCAGACCAUAAAGAAAUGGAGGAGAUGCUCUUAAACAUGGAGAGUCAAGUGAAGUCUGCAGAGGUCAGGUUGACCACAAUGGUUGCGGGAGAGAAGUUUGACAACAUGAAGAACCUUCUUACCAAUGCUGUUGACGAGAAGGAGCUGCAGCUGGCUGAAUUAAGGGAAGAUUAUGACCGUGUCCUGGAAGAAGUGGCAGAGCUCCAUCGUGCGAUGGACGACCGGCAAUCCGUUCCCCUUCAAGAGCACGGGCGAGUGCGGGUUGCUCUAGAAGAGCAAAACUCAACCCUAAAGAAAAAACUUGCUGACGUGACUUCAAAGUGUCAGUCGUUAAUUUGUGAAGUGGAGGAAGGUGAAGAGAGAGAGCUGCUCAGAGAGGAGCUGCAAGUACUCAGCAACAAUCUGAAGACCAAGUUUGUGACCUUGGAAAACCACGAGGAUGUGAAAAGGUCUAUGGGACUCGCUGUAGAGGAGUUGAGGGUUAGAUUAACAGAGGAGACAGAGAAGAACAAACAGACUGAGGAGCAGCUAAGGAAGCUGCAGGAGGAGAAAACCUCUCUUUGUGAGAACAUUACUAACUUGAGGAGCAUGUACAUACCUUGUGAACGCUAUGAGAGUGAGAUGGCUGUACUCACAGAACGCAACACAGAACUAGAAGGAGUUUUUAAUAGCCUACAAGAUCAAUACCAGGAGAAAGUCGGUGAACUUGAGAUUUUGGCAGCUGAAAAGGCAACACUAAAGCAGAGCUUUGACACCAAGUUUGUCACAAAGGAGGAGUACGAGAGAAUGCAGACAGAGCUGGAGGAGGCUUUGGAGAAAGCUAAGAUUGAAAUUGCAAAGUUGGAAGACGAUUGUAGAGUUCGAGAUGAGGAGUUACAGCAGGCAAAAGAAGGAAAUGUUAUGUUGAAAGAAGAGUUUGAGAAGGUGCAGGCCAAGUUGGACAAUGAAUAUGUCAGUCUUGUGGAACAUGAGGUGUUGAAAAGCACCAUGAGCAAAGCUUUAUCAGAAGCAGAGGAAAGAGCUCAAGAUGCCUUCUCAAAGUACCAGUCUGCUCAAGAAAGUGAAUCAAAGCUCCACAAGGAAAUCGAAGCACAGAAGAAAGAGCUGGACACUAUUCAAGAGGCACUGCUUAAGUUUGUGCCAGUGACCACUCUGGAAGAAAAAGAAAUGGAGUUCAACACCACUUUAAAGGAUUUGGAAGAUAAACUUACCAAUGUUCAGGAGAUGUACAAUAACGAAAAGACUGUAGGGAAAAGCCAAAGGCAAGAGAAUGAAAAAAUGAAAGAUGAAAUCGAGUCGUUGCAGCAGAAAAUACAUACAGUUGUGUCUGGCGAGAAGCACAAAGAAGUGGAGGAUCACUUCAAGGGUCAGGUUGAGGAGCUGAGUCUGAAAUUGGUGGAGUUGGAACAGCAAUAUAAAGAGGUUACAAUUCAGAGGGCCGAACUUGAAGAGCAAAAUGCAUUGUGCACUUCUGAGAUACAGAGUCUUCAGCAGAAACUCAAUAGUGAGUUUAUCCACCUUGAGCAGUUUCAGGCCAUGCAGAGUUCUCUGAAUGGAAGCCUGCAGGAGGCGCAAAAGGAGUGCAAGAGCUUAAGUGAAGCUCACAGACUGGAGGUCCAGCGUGUUCAUGAAAUCGAGAAACAACUUCAGAGUCAGAGCUGUGAAGAGGCCCAGUUUAGCCAGGUUAAAGACGCUCUAGAGCGUGAGGUCAAUGAGCUCCGCUUGGCCCUUCGGGAGGAGGAGGAAACCAGUGCGCAGAGGGCUGAAGACGUUUCCACUCUGCAGACUGAGCUCCUCAGAGCCACACACGCUCUGGAUGACCUCCGUAGCCACGAAGAGCAGGUGACAGAGCUGAAAGCUGAAAAGCAAAGGUUGGAGGAGAAGGUGCGCGAACUUGGGGAUCGGCUGUCAGGUCUGGAUGAGCAGUAUGAGGAUCUGUACAGGGAAACAACCCAGGCUAGAGAGGGUGAAAAGAGGGCAAUAGCAGAAACCGAGGCCCUGCAAGUCAAGAGCGCCUCUAUUGAGAAGGAAAUCCGAGAUCUGAAAGAGAGAUACGAGGAAUCCCUCAGCACCAUUGGAGAACUGCAGAAAAGGAUUCAGGCAUCCUCUGAGCAGACUGAAGUUAAAGACAAAAGGAUCACAGAGCUGUUGGCAGAUGUUGAAAGGCUGAAACAGGCUCUGAAUGGCUUAUCCCAGCUGGCUUAUUCUGGCAAUACGCCCAACAAGAGACAGACUCAACACAUUGACACUCUCCAAGCCCAGGUCAAGAGCCUCCAGCAGCAGCUGGCUGACGCUGAGAGGCAACAUAGAGAAGUGGUUUCAAUUUAUCGAACUCAUCUUCUCAGUGCAGCACAGGGUCACAUGGAUGAAGACGUCCAAGCUGCCUUAUUGCAGAUCAUUCGAAUGAGACAAGGUUUUGUGUGUUGAAGUCAACACACUGAGACUACACUGACUCCAAUUCAUCAUUCACACAGUAACCUCCCAUUCAGCUCAGUGCAGUUUGAUACUGCUCUGGAUAUCUUCAGUCAUAUUCUUCUGGUUGGGUUCGGUAGUGUUUGCAUUAACAAUUUGAAUCUGUAAUGUAGAUUAUAGCUAAACCUAUCCAAAAGCACAUAUACUAUAAACAUGCAAGACAUUGGAUAAUGAUUUAAUCUUGAAUAAGCACAGUGGCUUAAAUAUGUAUGCCAUUGCUACAUGCUUUAGAGUCAAUGAGAAGUAUGGGAUGCUGAAAAGAUGUUAACUGCACACUAACAGUGAUUGAGUCUCAUGUACCUCUUUAUUUCAUGUUGAAAUAACUUAACUACAGUUUAAAGAACAUUCCCUCCCUCCACUUUUAUAGCCUUCUUCUGAGCUAUGUGUCUGUUUUUUUUUAGAACUUUAGAGGGAUUUUAACAUGCUGUUCUCAGUCCAGUGUUACUGUAUUCAUUGCAAUGGUUAUAGUAAUGAUCUGGUUAGAGAAGAGGCUUUAGUGGAGUGGUGGGCAUAGCAGCAGUCCCUGGGCCAGCUAGAUUUUAUGAAGUGCUAUAGUGAUUGAACAGCAAUACACAGUAAUAGUUAUUACAUGCAAGUUCGUGCACAUCCAGUAAAUAGUAAGAGCAUAAUCUGCACUGUUACUGCAGUAAAUGUCAUUUGCACACACUUCUUUUUGAGGAUCUCAUAAUUGUUGUGGUCCAAAGUCAUUAUGAAAAGUCACUACAGACUAAUUUUCUAUGCAUCUUGUCCAGUUUGGCCCUGGGCCCAUGUUAAUACACUGGAUCAUUUGUUUCAAACGCGUGUGAUGCAUUUGAGUCAGUGGGUGUCUACUGGACUGGCUGAUAUAGGAAAAAGUAGUACUGAAGUGUUUAUGCAAAAUUGCUUUGCUUCGGCAGCAGACCACGUCUCAUGAAUGAUCACAGCAUUUAACACUAUUCUACAUGGUCCUGUAUCCUGGCUGAUAUCGCCAUCUAGUGGUGUGACUUGGCUGGCCAAGUUUGAUGUGUGGUUUUGUGUAGGAGAAUGUGAUGCGUUUUGGAAUUCUCCCUUUUGAUGCUUCCCGAAUCUGAGAUAUAUCACCUUUUACAAGGCUUUGUACUAAUUUUGAUGAAUGAACGCCAUGUUUGUGGUAACAUUUGCAGAAUUCAGCAGGACUGGAAUGGAAAGGCACAACUGUUAUGGUUUCAGACUGUUCAAUUCUUAUUUUGUGGGGUUUUUUCUACAUGUAAACUCUAUAUGAAGUGAUAUUAUUUGUUGAAUUUCCUAACAGAUUUGCUCAAUUGAUUUAAUGAGUUAACGUGGCUUUUCAGUAUUGAUUUAACUUAUUUAAAAACAAAUACCAUCCUUGUGCCACUUGAUUUGAUUUGGUAUUAACUGGUACUAUUUGUCGGGAUGACUAAUUAUAACAGUUUUGUUAUUUAUUAGUAUUACAUUCUAACGGUUCACUUACAAUCAUCAGUCAGUUUUUUUUCCCCCUUUUUGACCAUAUUUCGCUCAUUUUUUUCUUUUUGUUUUGCGAAUGUUUGAGUCUAACAUCAAUAAAAGUGCCUCUUUUAGACUAAA